AUGGCAAAACUUAUUUCUAUUGCUUUGGUUGUUGUGGUGGUUGCAGUUUGUGCAACAGAAGCAGCUCGUUUGAGAAACUUCAGACAAUCGAGAUUUUCGGCUCGUCAGGAAGUUGAUCCUGAACAAGAUGUUCCAGCAGUUACUCCAUAUCCUCCAGCUGGAAUAGUUCCUGAGGUGCGUUUCAAUUUGCCCAAUGAACCUGAACUACCAGAGGAUCCAGAGAAGACCUACUUGCCCCCAGACAACCUUUUGCCCCCAGCACAAACCUAUGGAUCACCUGCUCAGACUUAUGGCCCACCAGAAGUUGAAACCGAUGCAGAAGGCAGUGGAAAUGAUGCAACUUUGGUUGAUGACGAUGCCUCUCAAUUGCCCGUCGAAGAAGAACAAGCUGAUGAACCUGCUGCAGAAGAAGACUUGGCCGAAGAUCCAGAAGCCGAAGAAAUUGUCAACCCUCAGUUUGGACGUUUUUCUUCUGCCAAAGGUUUCCGUAGACAAAAUGCCAGGCCAGCAAAAUUGAGGGCUGCUAAACUGCAAGCACUUCCACAAGCAGUCCGUCCAAGGUCUCAGAGAUUAUUUGCUCAACCGAUUUACGCAACCAAUGGAGCUUUGAUCGCUUACAGAAUGUUGAGAGUUUAA